AUGCCGGGACUACCGCAGAGAAAUGAGCAAUUCAGUAAUGUUUCAUCUGGGCUGUACUCAGUUUCUGGCAAUGGAUUCUGGUCCAAACACAGCGUUGAUGUUGGCUUCAAUCAGCUCCAGAAGUUUUGGAAGGAGCUAUCUCUUCCAGCCCGGCAGAAGCUGCUGAGAAUAGACAAGCAUACCUUGUUCGAGCAAGCUCGUAAGAACAUGUAUUGUUCAAGAUGCAAUGGGCUAUUGCUCGAAGGGUUUUUGCAAAUUGUCAUCUACGGAAAAUCAUUGCAAACGGAUGGAGGUGCUAAUCUUUCCAGCCAGAGACCACCAGGUGUCUCCAGAAAUCAAACAAAUGGUGCAAUGAAUAUGAUCACUGGGUGCCAAGAUGAGAUUCAAGACCCAGCUGUACAUCCUUGGGGAGGUCUAACUACAACACGAGAAGGAUCUUUGACACUCUUGGAUUGUUACUUGUGUUCCAAAUCUCUUAAAGGGCUUCAAAACGUCUUUGAUAGUGCGCGCGCAAGGGAGAGGGAAAGGGAACUGCUCUAUCCUGAUGCUUGUGGUGGGGGAGGCCGCGGUUGGAUUAGCCAAGGAAUUGCAAGUUAUGGUAGAGGCCAUGGAACUAGAGAGACGUGUGCAUUGCACACUGCCAGGCUUUCUUGUGAUACACUAGUUGAUUUCUGGUCGGCAUUGGGAGAAGAGACGAGGCAGUCUCUUCUCAGGAUGAAGGAAGAGGAUUUCAUUGAGAGGCUCAUGUACAGGUUUGACAGCAAGAGAUUCUGUAGAGACUGUAGGAGGAAUGUUAUCCGAGAAUUCAAAGAGCUAAAGGAGCUGAAGCGUAUGCGGAGAGAACAACGCUGCACAAGUUGGUUUUGUGCUGCGGAUACUGCUUUCCAAUAUGAGGUUUCAGAUGAUAUGGUACAAGCUGAUUGGCGCCAAACUUUUGCUGAUUCUGUUGGGACAUAUCAUCACUUUGAAUGGGCCGUUGGAACAGGAGAAGGGAAGUCUGACAUUCUAGAAUUUGAAAAUGUAGGCAUGAAUGAGAGUGUGCAAGUCAAUGGAUUGGACCUUAGUGGCUUGACAGCAUGCUUUAUCACCCUAAGGGCUUGGAAAAUGGAUGGCCGGUGCAGUGAGCUUUCUGUGAAAGCUCAUGCAUUAAAGGGUCGACAAUGCGUCCAUUGUAGAUUAAUAGUUGGUGAUGGUUUUGUUACAAUCACAAGAGGUGAAAGCAUCAGAAGAUUUUUUGAGCAUGCUGAAGAGACUGAGGAAGAAGAGGAUGAUGACUCCAUGGAGAAGGAUGGAAAUGAGCUUGAUGGAGAAUGCUCCCGUCCCCAAAAGCAUGCGAAGAGUCCUGAACUUGCUCGAGAAUUCCUUCUAGAUGCUGCUACUGUUAUUUUCAAGGAACAGGUUGAAAAGGCUUUCAGAGAAGGAACCGCACGCCAGAAUGCCCACAGCAUUUUUGUCUGCCUUGCACUAAACCUGCUGGAAGAACGAAUUCAUGUUGCAUGCAAAGAAAUUAUUACCUUGGAAAAGCAGAUGAAACUGCUUGAAGAAGAAGAGAAGGAAAAGCGUGAAGAAGAAGAGCGCAAGGAGAGAAGAAGACUGAAAGAAAGAGAAAAGAAGCUUCGAAGAAAAGAGAGAUUAAAAGGGAAAGAAAGGGAUAAAGACAAGCAGAGUUGUUGUGGAUCAAAUGAUGUUCCUCUUCUUCUCGAUGCAGUCAAAGAUGAUGAGUCAUCAUUGACAUUCAGUGAAGAGCAGCUUGAUAAUGGUGCCAGCUGCAGGGACUCCGUAAGUGAAGCAGGUGAUAAUAAUUCUGUAUCCAGUCCUGGAUCACCUAAUACUGAAGAACAAUACUCAAAUGGGUGCACCACUUUCAUGGAGCAAAAUGAUUCAUAUGAUUGUCUUGAUGGCGAGGUUAUAAAUGGGAAAGAUGGGAGUAAUGGAUCAUUCACAGUCGAGCAAUCUAAAUCUUCUCGCCGGAGAUUGAAAUGUUGGAAAGAGGUCCAGCUGGAUUCAUCUUUGCGGUGGUCUGAUAGACGUGGUGGGCCUAUUGAGAACCCUACAAGGAGCAUCAAUGGAUCAAGUAGACAACUAAGGAUUAGUUGUGGUCCCAAGUCCAAUACUAGAAACUGUGGUCUGAGGUUCAGUGAGAAAUUCAAUGGUCCCAACAACAGGAUUGGCGAGAGGUACGAUUUCCAUUCAUGUAAGCUGGAACCUUCACCCGAUAUGCCAAAGCAAUUCUACCGUGGCAACAAGCACAGUCAAGCGGAUUACUUACGUGAAGGUUGUGGAAGACCCAAAAACAAGGGGUGUACCACUGCAAAUUCUUCUACACCUCAUCAUGCCAAGAAAGUAUGGGAGCCCUUGGAAUCUCAGAAGAAGUACCCCAGGAGUAAUUCAGAUAGUGAUUUUACGUUGAGGUCAUCAUCGACUUUGAAAGGUGGAGUAGCAUCUGACAGUGAGUUUUUCAAGUCAUCCUCUGGUGGUAACUUUUGCGGUGGCAAUUCUGGGGAAACAUACUGCAAAAUGAAUGAAGCUGUAGAUUCUAGUUCUGGUGCAAAGGAAGGAGUGAAGGAUUCUGGCUCUUAUGAGGAAGUCGACUCAUGUCCUCCUAAUGGCUCAACGUCUAAUGGGACUUCAAAUCCUAGCUCCUUGGCUAACACCUCAAUUUCUGAUAAUAGUUCAUCUUGUCUCAGUGAAGGAGAUAGUAUCACUGCUUCUUUAUCUUCAAAUCAUGGGAAUCUGGAAUCAUCUUCCACUUCAGACUCUGAAGAUGCCAGCCAGCAAUCAGAAGGAAGAGAAACUCCGUCUAUCCAAGAUGGUUUCCCUGAAUGUCAUGAACUGAAUAAACCAGUUACAAAUGGGCAGCCUUUAAAUGGUAUGAAGUUCUCUGGAGUCCUGCCUACGGAAGACUCUCUCUCAAAGCCCACAACCCAUUGUAGUGAUAAUGGAGGAGUUCACAAUGGCAGUAAUAUGGGUUCUCAACACCACCAGGGCAUGUAUGCCUCGGUGCACAACCAUAACGUACAGUACCCGGUAUUCCAAGCUCCUUCAACUAUGGGUUACUACCAUCAAAACCCGGUUUCUUGGCCAGCUGCAGCAACAAUGCCAUUUCAUCACCCGAACCAGUAUUUAUACGCCAGUCCCAUGGGCUACAGCCUCAAUGGGAACUCACGCCUUUGUGUGCCAUACGGUCCAAUGCAGCAUGUGACGACUCCUGUUUUUAAUCCGAGCCCAACACAACAAGCUUACCAACCAGUUUCCAAGGCAACAGGUUUCACCACCGAGGAGUGGGCUCAGAGUUGCAGAGUGCAGGAAUCCCUAUCACAAGAAGCUCAUGGGGAGAAAAGGGUUCAAAGGGGGAAGAUUGAUAACUUUGCCAAACUGAAUACGGGAAACAAUGAUUUCUCCUUGUUCCAGUUCGGAUGGCCUCUUGCACCUUCAAAAGGUGAAGGAGCCAUUGGAGAUGGCGCUUUGAAAGUUUCAGCUGCUGCAGCAGCAGCAGAUCGAAUCGAACAAGAUUCAGAGCACAAUAAGAGAGGAGAGACAGUUGUAGAGGAGUACAACUUGUUUGCCGCAAGUAAGAGCAUAAAGUUUUCAUUCUUCUAA